GCACCUGCGCAAGUUGGGAGAAGAAGGAGGAGCGAGGUGACGCAGGCGUAAUAAUAGAGAAGGUGCCAGAAAGAUCCAAAACAAGUGGCUGCAACCGUCGUCUAGGUGUCAUCGGACGCCGGAAUCCGGGCCUGGUUCUGAGCUUGUUCCGCGUCCCUCCCCCGGGAAUGGCGCUGUCUGGGUCGACCCCGGCCCCAAGCUGGGAGGAGGAUGAGUGCUUGGACUACUAUGGCAUGCUGUCGCUUCACCGUAUGUUCGAGGUAGUGGGCGGGCAGCUGACCGAUUGCGAGCUGGAGCUUCUGGCCUUCCUGCUGGAUGAGGCCCCCGGCGCAGCUGGCGGCCUGGCCCGCACCCGCAGCGGCCUGGAGCUGUUACUGGAGCUGGAGCGCCGCGGGCAGUGCGACGAGAGCAACCUUCGGCUGCUGGGCCAACUCCUACGGGUGCUGGCCCGCCACGACCUGCUGCCGCACCUGGCACGCAAACGGCGCCGGCCUGUGUCUCCUGAGCGCUACAACUAUGGCACCUCUUGUUCUUCAAAAAGGACAGAGGGAAGCUGCCGCCGCCGUCGGCAGUCAAGCACUUCUUCAGACUCUCAGGAGGGCCAGUGGGAUACAGACUCCCCUCCGACUAAGCGGCAGCGGCGGAGUCGGGGCCGCCCCAGUGGUGGUGCCAGAAGGCGGCGGAGGGGCAGCCCACCUGCCCCCCAGCAGCAGCAGGAGCCAACCAGACCUCCAUCAGAAGGCAAAGUGACCUGUGAUAUCCGCCUCCGGGUUCGAGCAGAGUACUGUGAGCACGGGCCGGCCUUGGAGCAGGGCGUGGCAUCCCGGCGACCUCAGGCACUGGCGCGGCAGCUGGAUGUGUUUGGGCAGGCCACUGCAGUGCUUCGCUCAAGGGACCUGGGCUCCGUGGUUUGCGACAUCAAGUUCUCGGAGCUCUCCUAUCUGGAUGCCUUCUGGGGUGACUACUUGAGUGGUGCCCUGCUACAGGCCCUGCGGGGCGUGUUCCUGACUGAGGCCCUGCGUGAGGCCGUGGGCCGGGAGGCUGUCCGCCUGCUGGUCAGUGUGGACGAGGCCGACUAUGAGGCUGGCCGGCGCCGCCUGUUGCUGAUGGAAGAGGAUGGAGAGCGGCGCCCAUCAGAGGCUUCUUGAUCGUGGAUCUGGCAGGACUGACUCCACUUCCAACUCUCUGGUCCACCUUCUGCCCCGGAGGACGACCAUCUCUGCCCCAGAGGACUGUCAUUCCAGCAGCUCUGACACUGCUUCAGGACGGCAGGCCCCUUGACGGCCUCUUCUGCAGGAUGUGGGCUCUGAGGCCUAAACCACUUCCAGCCAAGUUUCCUUUCCAAGCUCCCUCCACCCGCAGAGUGUGUUCUCUCAGCCUCAGGAGGCCAGAGACUCAGGCUUGCAGAUUACAGAGGGUGGGAGGUAUAGCCACACUCACCAAAGCCCUUGCACAUCAUGUCUCUGACCCCUGGCUACGUAUGCAAGUGCACACAGUGCCCACUCAUCCACUGCCCCCUCUGAAAUCUUCCCUGGUCCCUGCCUGGCCUGCUCCAGACUCUUUGGCCUAAGGGCUUCUCUCUCAGGAUCUCUCAUUUUGUCACCCCCAUCUGGGCUUUCGCCACAUCAGUGGACCCUGGAGCUGGCGUACACAUGGAGCCUGCUCACCUUGCCCACUCAUCUCUGGUCAACCAGGUUUCUGCCUCUGUCCCCACACAGACCUAGCUCUCUUCUCCAUCCCCCUGCUCCCUAGAGCCAGACACAGACUUGCACUUGGACCCUUACCCACAGUUUCACAUGUGGGUGUUGUGGCAGAAUUAGAUCAAGGUCUGUUGUAGCCUGUGGGGCCAGGGGCAGAAAUGGCUGCCUUAUAAAGGCAAGGCAAAGAUUUGGGGGCUGAUGGGAAGACCUUUUGCAAAUGGCACCAAUAAAACUGCCCUGGAAGGGCACAGUUGGGCAUCAAGGCUCUCUAGGACUCCUUUUCUUUUGGGUGGCACUGGGAUUAAACCCAUGGUAUGUGCACUCUAGACAAGAGCUCUAUUAGUGAGCUACACAUCCCCAACCCUUUCUAGGACUUUCUCAAUGGAGGGAAGGAGCAUCCCUGGCCAGUGUUAGGGGCUGGAAGGUACCACAGGAUGCUAGAUAUUUGCCAGGUGCUACACAGGCUUGUCUCCCUCUGUGAGCUUCACUUUGCUCAUCUGUCAAAAAACAAAGUACUACCUUGGAGUCAUAAAUUACCACUUGUUCACACAUGUCUUACUCUCCUGUAUGUC